AUCACAGUCCACCUUUUCUUUCUCCGUGCUACUCUGUAUCCGUGCCACAGUCCUACAUUUUAUUGUGCUACAGGUGUUCUGUGGUGCUGCCGCGGAGUUUAGAAAGUGUAGCGGCAUGUGGUUAAUACGUGGUUGGCCCAUUUCUUGCUUAGGAAUGGUUUAUGCCCAUUGUGCACCCUGACUGACGAGGCUACACACGAUAUUGUGCGCGGAACACCGAAUGAGGUGCGAGGCAACACAAAACGCUGCAGCCGAAGUUUACUUUUCGAGAUGGAUGAGGUAACUUUAAAUGAACGCCUCUACGAUUUGCGGAAACCCUUUAAACUCGCAUUUUGCACUUUGAAAGAGCAAAAAGAGGCCUGGGAAGAUUGUAUGGAAAAAGCCCGACCUCACCUAGUUGCAAUUGUCACGCUGCGGGAAAUACAGGCUAACUGUUGGGCGGCGAAACUUGCGGGCAGUGAUCUCUUGGCAAAGUACCCAGAUGUUAGAGUACGGAUCGUCCGUAGAGUGGAAAAUGAGCUGUUCCAGGAGAAGGAAAAGUUGGAAUCGAUACUGAAAAUCUUGAAGAAGUCUCAGAACGUUUGCAGCAGCGCUUGCCAGCAAGCAGUUGAAGCAUACGACAAUCUUGUGAAAAAUCGAAGCAUUGAAGAUGUAUGUUACAGAAGUGAAACUUGUCCGUCGGUGGCUGAUAUGCUGGAAUGGAUAACAUAUACAGAACAAAACUUUAGUAGCCAUGUUCAUGCAAGAGAACUUUUGCUAGAAGAAGCAAAUUUUGGCGAUGACUUCAAGGCUAGUGCCUUUAUGAAAGAGUGGAAAGACGACUCAGCUUUGAUUGAAUCAAUGAAUGAUGUCUUGGCGACAGUGAAGAUUGUAAUGGACAUGGUGUAGACAUGCUAUACAAAUUGGCCUUCAGCAUUGUGCAGCAUCAUGGGUAUCGACGUCAGCCGUUUGAGAUGCUCCUAUUUGGGACAAAUUGCUCAAACAUUUGUAACUCUGUAGAUUGUUGUGAAGAAUAAAGUACACGUAUUUCUCAAAGUUA